AUGUCGAGCCUCAAGUAUACUUGGCUCUCUGAAGCGGAUCCUGUUUGGAUCCCUUUAAAGCAAGCAUGCGACGAACAAUUUGACGGGUUCUACGCUUUACCAAUAGAAAAACAGCACGAGACUUGGGUGAAUUAUCCCCAUCCUGUCCCGGAGGGUACGCCAAUGGACUUGGAAGUAUCCUUUGAACAGGUCCCGGUGAGAGAUGGAGCGAAAGUGGGGAUCAAGAUCUACCGGAACACCGAAAAGCUGAAGGCGAUGGGCAAAGUCAAAGCACCCCUUGUCCUAGUAGCUCAUGGAGGUGGUUGGGUUCUUGGAAACCAUGAUGUCGAGGAAGGCGUUUGUCGUUGGAUUGCAAAGGAGACCGGCGCAGUCGUUGUAGAUGUCGAUUACAGACUGGCUCCCGCAUAUCGAUUUCCGUACGCAAUUAACGACUUCUACGAUGGGUUUAAAUGGUGCAAGGACAAUGCAACUACUCUCGGAAUCGAUCCUUCGCUUAUUGUGUCUAAUGGCAGCUCUGCUGGAGCCAACCUGGCUGCUGUUCUUCCGAUAAUGGCAAAAGAUCACAAUGAGGAAGGGAUCGUUGGCCAAGUACUGAAUGGCCCAGUUGUGUGUCAUCCGAGAUUCUUUCCAAAGGAUAAAUACGAAUACACAAGUUGGGAACAGAACAAAAAAGCCUCUAUCCUUGGUAAAGACCAUAUGCUACGAUGCUGGGAUACCUACUACCCUAAUACGGGCCCUGAUGUCUACGCAAACCCAUUCUUGGUUGAAACAAUGGAAGGUCUGCCUCCUGCUUUAAUACAGAUAACCGGUAUGGACCCUCUUAGAGACGAGGCAUUUGCCUACGCAGACAGAUUGAAGGAAGCUGGCGUUCCAGUUGAGGUUGCAACCUACCCUGGGCUACCUCAUGGCUUCUACACCUUCCCGCAACUCGAGGCAUCAACGCGAUAUUUCAAGAAGGCUGCAUCGUGGAUUAAAGAACUUCUGGCCAAGAAAGGAUGGGAGUCAUAG